AUGGUCUUUGUCGAUGCACCUCUUGUGAUCCAAGUACCCGACCCUACGGGGAACUCCCUAAGCCAGUUCGAUUCCGCAGCCGUUGCUGAUCAUACACCAGAGACUGACCCCGCCUUGAUACCCAGAGGAUGGUGGAAAAGUAAAGAAAUCGAGGAUGGAGCAAACGGGAGCCGAAAGAUCUUUGAAGGUUUUGAAGAAUCUCUGCAAUUCAUCAGACGAGUGAUCGAUGAGCAAGGUCCAUUUGAUGCCUGUUUUGGCUUUUCUCAAGGCGCGGCGCUAGCCGGGAUAAUAAGCUCAAUCCUAGAACAGCCCUCCUUACACACCACAUUUUCUGUGCCGCCGUUGACGGCUCAAAAGCCAUUCAAAGCAGCGAUAUUAGUUUCAGGAUUCCGGCUGAAACACCCCCCAGUGUGGCCGAGUAGUAGUGAUGGUAUACACACGAAGUUGACCACUCGCAGCUUACAUAUAAUUGGCAAGACUGAUGCGAUCGUUUCAGAAGAUCGAAGUCAGUCGCUGGUCGACGUAUUUGCCAAGCCGCGAGUCGAGCGGCACGACGGCGGACACUUCGUGCCCUCCAAGAAAAACUGGCGCGAUUUCUUUGCACUCUAUGUCCAGACUCUCGAGCAAGCAGACGAUUCACUGGUCCCCAGUCCUGGCCAGACUGCAAACCUUUUAGACGGCGCAGCCAAGUUCUGA